AAACGUGAAUCGAUACAAAGGUGAUCUAUGGACAUGCGCAGUGGAUGAAAUGAAUUUACUUCCUUGUUGGUUUAAAAGAUCAACAGAAUAAAGAUGGAGGUACCCGGGAAGAAGCGUGACCCUGACCUUGACAAGGGUUCCGCUGACGCCACGGUCUACUGCCAGCCGUGUAGGGAAGGGGGUAAACGCGCUGUGGCCCAGGGCUUCUGUCAGACCUGCGAGGAGUACAUGUGCGCUCCCUGUGUCGAGUACCAUAAGAGAUUGAAGAUGUCUAGGAACCACAUUUUGCUGUCCAAAGAUAGGAUGCCCUCCUUUUACCCGACAACGAAGAAAUCAGCUAUCGCCGACACGGAUUUUUGUAACCACCACCCGAAGGAGAUGAUCAAGUUUUAUUGCCCGACCCACGGAGACCUUGGCUGUGGCGACUGUGUCGUACUUGACCAUCGCAGCUGUAAAGUUGACUACAUCGCUGAUGUGGCUAAAGAAUUUGUCAUUGGAAAUGAAUUUAGAGAGCUGGAACCAUCAAUUAAACAAGCUGAAGAUCUUUUAUCAGGGCUUGUUAGUAACGUCAAGGAGAUUUUUGGUGAAGUUGAAAACCAGUCUAAGGUUGAGAUAGAUAAACUGAGGAAGUUCCGUGCAGAAAUCAUCACAUAUCUGGACCGGCGCGAGAAGGAGUUGCUCGACAACAUCGAGAAGGUCAAGACAGAGGAUGAGAACGCGUUGACUGCACUUAAGACCGAUUGUGAGUUGAUGAAAACCCGACUUGAGGCCAUAAAAACGGAACUGACUUCCGGUGACGUCUCGGUGAACCAGCGGUAUGUUACGGCAAGGCGAGGCAUGAAGGAGCUACGGGAAAUUAAUGACAAUAUGGAGAAGAUGACUGAUAGGAUGAACGCCCGGAAGUACCAGUUUACUAAGGACGCGGACACGGAGCGGCUACUGGGAUCGAAAAUGGGCCUUGGAACCCUUGACGUUGCGGGAGAGUUUCGAAAGAAUAUUCCAGUUCCUGACCUCUCUACUGUGACAUGGAAGAAUGAAGCAGACAUCAACGUCAGAGCGCCACAAGACCAGGAAACCUGCAUUAUUACCGGCCUCACCCUGCUGUCUCCCGGUCUCUUCCUUCUGACUGACCACGGUAACAGCUGUGCCAAACUGGUGGACGCCACCACCCGAACCGUCACGUCCCGACUCGAACUGCCAGGCAGGCCCUGGGACGUGUGUGCGCUUCCUGAUGACCAGGCCGCUGUCACUCUCGCGAAAAAGUCCAUGAUACAACUGAUGUCUACGAAAGAAGCGCAGUUGUCGCGUGGAAAGGAAAUUAAAGUAUCAUAUGAUUGUCGUGGUAUUGCAUACUACAACAAUAGACUAUACGUGUCUUACAAAUCUAACCCGCGUAUUGAAGUGAUGACAUUGGAUGGGCUUAUUAUCAGUACAUUUCAAACAGUUAAUGGAAGUCAAACUUUCGAACGCCCACAAUACCUGACUGUGUCAGCUUCCACACCACCGACCCUGUACGUGUCUGACUACAAUGCAAACACCGUCCACCAGCUGUCUCUAGACGGGAAGGCCCUACGAGAGUACAGUGAAAAGAAGCUUAAAUAUCCCCAUUCCGUGGUGGCGGUAGGUCCGGAUCAGCUGCUCGUGUGUGGUUGGGCCAGUGACAACGUGAUGCUGCGGACAGAGAAGGACGGCAAGAUGACGGAAAUAUUGGGACAUAAGGACGGACUGGCAUAUCCCUACUCUGUGUCCUUCUGUCCCCACACACGUACAUUAGUUGUCGGGAUGUACGAGAAUGACUCACUGAAGGUGUUAAAUGCAAACUGACAGUGGUUUUUCCUUAGUCGUGAUUGUAGUUUCUUAGGAGGAAAUUACCAUGCAUUAAAUAAUCUUUAACAACUGAAAAGUAAAUGCAAAAACAUUUAUUUUACAAUUUCAGCUUGCGGUUUUGAUUUGUUGUAACCUUGUGUUAUCAAACUGAACAACCAUUUAUAUUAAAUGAUAUGUACCAUAUUUCGAAUAAAUAUUAAAUGUAUUUUGCAGUUAUGAUUAGCAAGAACUAGAUUAACAAUUCUGUGUAAAUGUUGUUAUAAUAUCAUAACCUUUUUUUCUAGUAACUAUAAAGGAUGUUUUUAAUGAAAAUUUCCAAGUGUGAAUCCAGCUUCAAUUUGAAUAGACGGUAAAUAUUAUAAAAAAAGAUUGUAUACCUUCAAAUUUAAGGUAUCAAAGAAGUGAAAUGUAUUUACAUUUUAUGAGUAUUUAUCUUGAGACAGUUGACUAAGUGGUUUUGCCUUUUUAUUUUAAAUGUGUGUAAUAUUUCUUCAUUUAAACAUGGCAUGAAAAUAACCGAAGAUUUUAUUUAAGCAUUUGAAUAAAAAAUGAUUAUAAACAAAUCUUGAAGUGUCGGUUGAGAAAUCCUGUAAAUACAUGUUAGCUGAUUGGGCUCUGUAUUUAUGUUAAAGAAUCACUCUGUGUUCUUAAUGUUUCGAUGUACUUGUGAUUUGGUCUUAAUAAACGUCUAUUAUUUAUA